GUCGUUUGCAUAUUAAUGAGGCCCGAAGGGUGACGUCAGCGGGGAACACGCACUGCUCGGCCGCGUACUGGCGGAGCUGUCGGGCGGGACACGCCCCUCUCAUGCAUAUUCACGCGAGUUUGAGAAAGAUUUGGGCGAGGAAGAAGAAGGUCGCCUGCGGCUGUGAAAAAAACCGAAGCGGAGAAGGAGAAGAAAAAGGAGAAGAAGAAAGAAAAGGAGGGUGAAGAAGGAGGCGAUCAAAGGAGCGAGACGCGAGCAGCACGAAGCGAAGGGACUCGACGCGCUCCGUCAGCCAGCGGACGAGCUGCUCGGAGCCGCGGUGGACGCGGGUCCGACUCCCAGUGAGUCAGUCGCCAAGAAAAGUUCGUGGCAGCGCCGCCGGAGAACUUAGUUGAGCAGGAGGAAGAGGCGGCUGCGGAAGGGAGGAGAGGAGGUGCGCGGAGAGUCCGGCCAAGAGUCCGAGCCAGGUGCCCGGAAGAGUCCGGCCCCGCUUUGCGGCCGAAUCCCUCGUAAACCGGGAACGGAACAGAACGGAACGGAACGGAACGGAACGGAACGCGCAGUUCGGAAAGCGGAGCGGAGCGAAGCCGAAGGGCCUUUCCGUGCCGGAGUCCCGCGACGGUCUCGGGUCUGGGGCUCGUUGCACCCUCACCGGGGCAGGAGAGCGGCGGGGAGGUGCGGAGCGCACACCUUGCUUUACCAGAGUACAGUACCUGGAGUGACACAGAGCCUCAGACAUGUCAGCCGAAGAGGAGCGGUUCAAACUUGUCGUGGUGGGUGGAGGUGGCGUGGGCAAGAGUGCCUUAACCAUCCAGUUCAUACAGUCAUACUUUGUGUCCGAUUAUGACCCCACCAUUGAGGACUCGUACACCAAGAUAUGCACUGUGGACGGAAAGCAGACCAGGAUGGACAUCCUGGACACGGCGGGCCAGGAGGAGUUUGGCGCCAUGCGGGAGCAGUACAUGCGCUCCGGAGAGGGCUUCCUGCUCGUGUUCGCCCUCAACGACCGGGGCAGCUACAACGAGAUCCACAAGUUCCACACACAGAUCCUGAGGGUCAAGGACCGAGACGACUUCCCCAUGGUGCUCGUCGGGAACAAGGCGGACCUGGAGCAGCAGAGGACGGUGUCCAGGGACGAGGCGCAGACCUUCGCCAGGGAGAACCGCAUCCACUACAUGGAGUCCUCGGCCAAGAACCGGCUCAACGUGGACGAGGCUUUUUACGAGGUGGCGCGCGCCAUACGAAAGUUUCAGGAGACCGAGAGCCCCCCCCUUCCAUCACACCACACGGGCAAACAGAAGAGCUCCGGCGGCGGCUGCCCCUGUACCCUGCUGUAAACCCCACACCCUGCUGUUACCCCUGCACCCCCCCCCCCCCCCCCCCCCUUCCCUGGGUACCUUUCUGUAUCCCCUCCCCACCUUGUGGAAGAGCCUGUUGGAGUGUGUGCACUUGUUCGCUCGCUCGUGUGCGCGUGUGUCUCCCCAGCUGUUCCACCAUCACUCCCAGUACCUGCCUCUUUAAAAAUGUUGUUGGCACCACCCUUCCUCUUCCUGUCGCCUUGAGCUGCACUCACUGCCCCGCCCCACCCCACCCCAGCGGGUGACUGGCUCGGGAUGCCCUCCUCAGGUGUGGAUACCGAGGUGGUGGCGCCCCCUGGUGGUGCACCAAGAGGAGCCUGAGAAGCAGAGCGGUGGCAUUGUGACAUUGUCAUUGUGAUAUUGUAUCAUUGUGACAUUGUGAGCGUCGCUCUUUCCUGUUACGGAGUGUUCUAUCGGAACGUUCGCACCCGAGCCACAGUGAAGGUGUAGGUGGUGAAGGCCGAUGCCGACGGACGACAGUCUCAGCGCACUGCCCUGGAACUUCUCCUCCUCCUCAUCAUCACCAUCAUCAUCGUUGUCAGAUGGAUGGACAGACAGGAUUUUUCACACUAAAGCUGCGCGGUAAACAUGGCUUCCCACACGGUAAACUGCUGUGUCGGCGAAUCCCGGGGGAGCGCUGGUGACGGGUCACGUCCGUCCAGCCUGCUCUGUCACGUUACUGCUCUGUGAGGGAGGGGGGCGCUAAACACCAACUGCUCCGUCUGUGAUGUUACGUACCGCGGUUUUGUACCCGAACGUGGUGUUUCACAUUAAAGUGGUCGCUACUCA